CACCAGUCCAAGUCUCGCCCACACCGCACGCAGGAUGGGCAAACGCAAGAAGGCUGCAAAACGGCCAGGACCUCAGCGCACGAAGACACCACUGGACACUACAUUUACUUGCAUUUUCUGCCACCACGAUCAAUCUGUAACUGUGCGCUUGGACAGAAAAGAGGGGAUUGCCCAACUCAUGUGCCGGAUAUGCGACCAGCGUUAUCAGAGCAAAGUCAACCAUCUCACUGAGCCUAUUGACAUCUAUUCUGAGUGGAUCGAUGCAGCGGACUCGGCGGAACGAGUGACUGCCCCCGUCCGCCCCGCUGUCGCGUCCUCCUCGCGUCCUGCAUUACGGCCAUUGGAUGACAGCGACGAUGACUAGAUACAUGUAACCCUAGCAGCAAGAUUUUGUACCAUAACGAGACGUAAAUAAACACAUGAACACAACCCAUUGAGAGAGUCUCCAGCCUUUGAUCACCUUGGCCCGCGACCAUGAGUAACAACAUCAAGGUCGUAUGCCGUUUCCGGCCUCCAAAUUCCCUCGAGCUACGCGAGGGCGGGGAGAUCGUCGCUACCUUCUCCGACGACCUCUCCACCGUCCAGAUGCGGUCGCAGGCACUCACUUCUGGUCCGGAGAGGGACGGCUUCGCAUUCGACCGAGUCUUUCCGAUGGCUACACAACAACACGAGGUGUUCGACUAUGGUGUCAAGGACAUCGUCAAAGAUGUUCUCGAUGGAUACAAUGGAACUGUGUUCGCCUAUGGUCAGACCGGUAGUGGAAAGACCUUCAGUAUGAUGGGUGAUAUUGAGUCAGAGGAGCUCAAGGGUAUUAUUCCUCGAAUCACCGAGCAGAUUUUCCAGUCGAUCGUCGAGAGUGAAUCUCAUCUGGAGUAUCUCGUGAAGGUCUCAUACAUGGAAAUCUACCUCGAGAAGAUUCGUGAUCUCCUUGCACCACAGAACGACAACCUCCAGGUGCACGAGGAGAAGUCCAAAGGCGUUUAUGUCAAAGGGCUUUCCGACUACUAUGUCAGCAGCGCAAGAGAGGUCUAUGAAAUCAUGAGAACAGGCGGUUCUGCGCGAAUUGUGUCCACAACUAACAUGAAUGCCGAAUCGUCCCGCUCCCACUCCAUUUUCUUGAUCAGCAUAAAUCAGCGCAACACGGAAACCGGGGCACAGAAGACGGGCAAUCUGUAUCUCGUCGACCUUGCUGGAUCCGAGAAAGUGGGGAAGACCGGAGCCUCGGGCCAGACGUUGGAGGAAGCGAAGAAGAUCAACAAGAGUCUUUCUGCGUUGGGGAUGGUGAUCAAUGCCUUGACCGAUCCGAAAGUCAAAUAUAUUCCAUACCGGGACUCGAAACUCACUCGUAUCCUCCAAGAAUCGCUGGGAGGAAACUCUCGGACCACGCUCAUCAUCAAUUGUUCACCCGCCGCUUACAACGAGAUUGAAACGAUAUCAACUCUCCGUUUCGGUAUUCGCGCCAAAUCUAUUAAGAACUCCGCUCGUGUGAAUGCGGAGCUAUCUCCGUUGGAACUGAAGGGUCUUCUGGCUAAAGCGCAAGCUGCAAACACGACAUAUCAGAAGCACAUUGCUGCUCUCGAGGCCGAGCUUGCCAUAUGGAGGUCCGGAGGUCACGUGGAGGAAUCCGAAUGGGUCAAGACCUCAGCAGGUGGAUCGUCUAGCGGCGCUGCUGCACCGAAGAAGGCCCCGGCCUCACCGGCCUCUCCUGGCGCGUCGACGCCAGUCACUGCUUCUCGCAGCCUCACACCCGUCAACCCGCUUGUCGAGGGUCUUCGAUCAGAACUUGAGCUCAGUCGACCUCAGACGCCGGUCAAUCUGGUGCCCUUGGAGAAAGAUGAGAGAGAAGACUUCUUGCGUCGGGAGAAUGAGCUCAGUGACCUGCUCGGCGAGAAGGAGACAGCGUUGGCCACGGCCGAGAAACUGGUCAAGGAGCUGCGUGAAGAGUUGACGUUCCUGAAAGAGCAGGAGGCUGGUGUUAACAAGGAGAACAAGGCCAUGUCCACCCAGCUCAAUGACCUGCGUUUGCAGGUCGAGAGGCUCAACUAUGACAACAAGGAGAGCAGCAUUACCAUCGACAUCCUCAAGGAGCAGAACACAGACGCCGGCAACGAGCUGGAGGAGCUGAAGAAACAGAUCUUGGAUCUCAAAUCUGCGCAGAAGGAUGCGAGCGCAGAGGACAAGGAGAAAAAGAAACAAGAGAAGAUGGCGUUGAUGAUGGCCAAGUUCGACACGCAGGGCGCAUUCUCAGAGAAGGAUGAGCAACUACGGGCCCUACUGACUAAACUAGAUACUAUAGAUUCAGCUGGCUCUCUGACCGCUGAGGAUCUGGCUGCCGUUAGAAGGCAGUUGAGCGAGGGCCAGAAUUUGAUCCGGGAGACAGUGGACCGACUGCGACAGAGCCAAGAAGAGAAUGAGAUGGUUACUCGACGGAGGGAUGAAUUGGAAAGUCGUCUGGCUGCAUUGGAGACCGAGUACGAGGAGCUUCUAGGUUUGUGGCACAAUCCUUCCGCCGCGGAAGACGUCGUUCUUACGCAGACUGCAGAGAAGACCAUUCACGAGGAGGAGACCAGCAAUGCGGAUCUGGCCGAGUCGAUGACGGACUUCAAGAAUAAGCUCGAGGCGCAAUACGUUGCACGACGGGAAGCGCACAUCAGCGAGGUCACGGAUCUCAAGCAACAGCUCGAGCUGCGCAACAACGAGCUGCGCAGCUUGAAUGCAACGACGGACAGUCUCAAGAGUGUCAACGAGGAACUUAAGCGCGCGUUCGCUGUCACCUCUGCCGGAAUCGAGGGCGGCAAGAACCUGGCUGAAAGCGCUCAAGAUCUGGAGCGGACCAGAAAAGCAAUCAACGUCCAACUGGCCGAGUUUGAUGGAGUGAAGAAGUCUCUGAUGCGUGACUUGCAGAACCGGUGUGAAAAGGUGGUUGAGCUAGAGAUCCAACUGGACGAGAUCAAGGAACAGUACAACAAUGUGAUCCGAAACUCUAACAGCAAGGCUCAGCAGAAGAAGAUGGCUUUCCUAGAAAGGAAUCUGGAACAACUGACGCUGGUGCAAAAACAGCUUGUCGACCAGAACUCGACCCUUAAGAAAGAAGCGGGAAUUGCUGAGCGCAAACUUUUGGCUCGCAACGAGCGAAUUCAGAACUUGGAGGCUCUUCUGCAGGAUGCCGAUCGACGACUGUCGGUGCAGAACCAGAAAUUCGAAGCACAAUUGCAAGCUGUCAAGGAACGCCUGGACCAAGCCCGAGCACAAAAGAACGCGUCUAGCUCGCCGCUCAGCUUUGGCCGCAUCGCCAAACCACUUCGGGGAGGCGGAGGUGCCGGUGCUCCAAGCUCGGUUCCGACGCCAAUUACGGGUGGCGCUGGAUCCGCUAACCCGCUGGCUCGAGUGCAAAACGAGGAGGGAAGUGGAGGUAGGCUUAUCUUUAUCAUCCGGUCUUCAUUUUGCUCACAGCCCCCACAGCCAAGCGAGCCUCCUGGUUCUUCAAUUCACGCUGAAUGUCACCAGACGCGUUGCUGCAUCACGGUCUUCAUCUUCUUUCUCAAGUCGCAUAGCCUCCCUGUAUACUACCCGCAUAUAUCCUUUUCUAAUGCAACUCUCCUGACAUUCCUGGGAAAAGAACCGUUCCAAGAGUCGUACCAUGCUGAAAGGAAGUUUGCGUUGGAAUGGAGGCGUGUUUCUGCAUUACUCAUGUCCGUCGAAACCUCCCGGAAGCCCUCGGCGUCCACAGCCCACUCUCAUUCGCGAUCCCCUUCCACCGGCGGCGCUAACAAUACAUCCUCCCGGAAGCAGCCUUCGGGCCCUACAUCGAACUUUUAUGGAAUGAACGGCGGAAACGCAGGCAACGGUUUAAAGGCGCUAAACACGGGAUGGCAGGUAUGGGGGGCAACGCCUUCAUCCAAACGCAACGCAUCCAUGUCGUCCAUCAGCAGUGAUCCCAACUUUCGUACCAACGUCGGCGAAGCGUGGACUGCUCCUCGCUCAGCCAGUGGUGCAUGGGAUGAUUCUGCAUUGAGGAAAGAUGUUACGUCCUUGCGCCAUCCCAGGCAGUCUCCAUUCUCGGGUGCUCGCGUUGAUGACAGGGCCUCCGGCUCUAAGAACGCGUCGCUGAUUGGCGGGUAUUCAAACACACAACCCUCAUUCCCUGUGCCGGCUCUCGGAUAUGACGCGGUUGCACCCCAAUCUCCGGAAAGCGAUCUCGCGAACAGCAUGCGGGUUAUGAACAUGGAAGAUGAAUUCGCAUCGGUUGCUGGUCGAUACCCAGUCGCCACCAUGUCCGUGCCCAUUCCUUCGGCCUCGGAGCCCCGGCAGAUGUACAACGGAUACCCUGCGCAGAACAAUACUUUCUAUCGCGACUCGUUUGUGGACUACGCGAACUACGGCGGAUACAACAACGCCGUCUACAACGGGACAGAGCCUGGGCUAUAUCCCACGGUUCCCUUGUCCCCGGUCUACCCGGCAAAUGGACAUUCGUCUGGUGUCGAUGCGCAGGGUGUCUACUUCGACUACAAUGCUGCGAGCAGGUCACAGUCGCAGUAUUUCUUUCCGGCACAGGCGAUGAUGUUUCCGCCGCACUCGCCGAUGCUAUCUUCCCAGCCUUCAUCAGCGGCCUCCUUGACGGAGAAGAAGAUGGAGAUGCAGGUGGGAUACUGUCUGUUUCUGCUCGCACAAUCUGACGCGUCUGGGCAGCAACAUUUGCAACAGCAGUUGGCCGCUCGCAACAUGAUGUUUUCUCCGUCGCGGCCAUACGUCGAUUACAAUUCUCAGAUUUUAUCGGCAGCAAGCAUGCAGCCGAUGUUUGGAAUGCGUAUGAACAGGCGCCACGACCCUCAACUCGAGAUGGGACUACCCCGCAGCCCGUUAUUGGACGAAUUUCGUGCGAGCAAGGGUCGCAAAUGGAGUCUGCGGGAUAUCAAAGGGCACGUCGUCGAAUUCAGCGGCGAUCAGCACGGGUCCCGAUUCAUCCAAAACGAACUGGCCGCCGCCAGCAGCGAAGAAAAACAAAGUGUAUUCGACGAAAUUGUUCCCCACAAUACCCUACAGCUAAUGCAAGAUGUAUUUGGUAAUUACGCAAUCUCACAGGUUAUUCAAAAACUGUUCGAUCACGGGACGCAGGCACAAAAGUCUCUAAUAGCAAGCACCAUGGAAGGCCACCUUGUGGAACUGUCCAUCAAUCUCUACGGCUGCCGUGUGGUACAGAAGGCGGUCGAAUGCAUUCUUCCUGAGCAACAAGCCAGCCUUGUGCGCGAGCUGGAGCCGCAGAUCAUCCAGGUCGUCAAGGAUUCGAAUGGAAAUCACGUCGUGCAGAAGAUCGUUGAGCGCUUGCCGUCCGAUCGCCUUGCUUUUGUCUCAACUUUCACUGGUCACGUGUUCGAACUGGCUGCCCAUCCCUUCGGAUGUCGCGUGUUGCAGAGGUGUUUGCAAUAUCUCUCAGAAAGUCAAACUCGGCCGUUACUCGACGAGCUACUGCAUAGCCACACGACGACGCUCAUGCAAGAUCAAUUUGGGAACUAUGUCAUCCAAUUGAUCCUCGAGAGCGGACUUGCAGAGGACAAGGCUGUCAUUGUCAGCCAUCUCCGAGGACGACUGCUGACUAUGGCGCGCCACAAAUUCGCCUCGAAUGUUUGCGAGAAGGCGCUGACCUUUGCCGAACCGGAAUCACGACGGGCCCUCAUCAACGAGAUUAUGGCACCUCCCGCGAAACCAGACGGCCUGACGCCGGUGCUCUCUCUCAUGAAGGACCAGUACGGAAACUAUGUUCUCCAGCGGGCCUUGGCUGUUGCCGAAGGCGACCAGAAGGAGGCCUUGGUCAACUUGGUCCGCCCUCAGCUGGCUGGCAUGCGCAGAUCUUCUGCUGCUUUCAGCAAACACCUCAUCUCCAUUGCCGCCGGCUCGGACCUUUCUGCUAUGAGCACUUAUUCGGCGCUCAGGUCACCUCGAAGCUACCCCUCACCACCGUCGACGCGAAACUCACAGGACUCCGAAUCCGACUCGCUACGCGCGCUUGAAGUUUCUGAUGGCCCAAGCCAUGUUCAGCGGCCGGGCCGAGGGCGCUCGUAUUCCGUUUCGGGCUUCGAGUUCGACCUGUUGCCGCUGAGCGCCAGUGUCGCGGACCCCGAUAUGGUACAGGGUGAAAACGCAGGGGAGAAAAGCAUUGGACUGGUGAAUGGCAUUGGUUUGAUCGUUGGCCUCCAAAUUGGUUCCGGCAUCUUCUCGUCUCCGGGAGUGGUCGUGGCGAACACAAACAGCGUCGGAGCGAGUCUGGUGGUCUGGCUGGUCAGUGGGUUGUUGGGGUGGACUGGGGCUAGCAGCUUUGCGGAAUUAGGCUCUGCCAUCCCCCAGAACGGUGGUGCACAAGCCUAUCUGGCAUACGCUUACGGCCCUCUUGUCUCCUUCCUCUUCGCGUGGACUGCCAUCAUCGCCUUGAAACCCGGCGGAAAUGCCGUCAUCAGCCUGAUAUUCGCGGAAUACCUGAACCGAAUAUUUUGGCACACGGGGCGGCAGGAGGUCUCGCCCGACGACAUUCCGCCGUGGGCUAUCAAGCUCACGGCAAUUGCAGCGGUGGCUUUGGUCACGCUCUUUUGUGUCGCUGCGCGCAAGCUUGGCACACGCAUUUCAGUUGUGUUCACGACCAUCAAGGUCGCUGCGCUCAUAUCCAUAACUAUUCUCGGGAUAAUACAGCUGGCGCGCGGCAAGCAAUCGACGUCUCUGACACAACCGCUUUUCGCGGACUCAAGCAAGAGCCCCUCGGCGUACUCGCUUGCACUCUACUCUGGGCUGUGGUCGUUCGAUGGAUGGGACCAGGCGAACUAUGUGGGUGGCGACAUCCAGCACCCAGAGAAGAACAUUCCUCGCGCGAUCCAUUCCAGCAUGUCGAUAGUGACGCUGCUGUUCUUACUUGCGAAUAUCUCUUACUUCGUCGUGCUUGACAAGAACACGAUUCGUCUGAGUAACACCGUGGCAAUGGAUUUCGGAAGGGCACUUUUUGGCAGUGUGGGAGGCACAGUUUUUGCAUUCAUGGUUGCAAUUUCGUGUUUUGGUGCACUGAAUGGUUCAUUUUACACGUCUUCACGAUUAGUUUAUGCUGCAGGACGAGAGGGAUAUCUGCCUGCCAUGUUUGGAAAGUUACAUAGAACACGAAAGACGCCAAUCAACGCCAGCUUAUUGCAAGCUGGAAUCACGACGACAUUCAUUCUCAUCGGGGGAGGGUUUCGAUCGAUGAUCAAUUUCUCUGUGGUAGCGUCUUGGGCAUUCUACUUUUUGACAGUUCUGGGUCUCGUGAUUUUGCGAAUCAAAGAGCCAAUGCUUGAGCGACCAUAUAAGACUUGGAUCAUCACACCGCUGACAUUCUGUGGUGUCGCGUUGUUCUUGCUAUGCAUGCCUAUCAUCGCAGCGCCGUUGCCUGCCGUCGCCGUCCUCGGCUUUGUGCUGGCCGGAGUUCCGGUGUAUUAUGUGACACAUAGAUCAGAAAGAGAUCUUCCAGCUGUUUUCGCUUGGUUUGCGCCGGUGAUCGACCGGUUCCGCAGUCGUCCGCCGAUGGGAGAUGGAUGGGAGGCGGUUGCCACGGACGGCGAGGAUCCGAUGGAAAUGUCACAGAGUGAUAUAAGAAGAUAGACUUCUCUCGAGUUGCUUCUGAGAAUUGUAUCACCACUGCCGCGAAGUCUGACGGUUGUAUGGGCUGCGGACGCCGGGUGUUCACCUUGAGUACACGCGCCGGUAAUCUCCCAACCUGGCUACCUCUGAGGUCACGAGAUCGUGACAGUUUCGCAUUACGCCGCACCGAUUGCGACACGCUGACAGAUCGAUCGGCCAUCCGCCGCGAACUUGCUUAUAAGCAACCGUGUCUUCUCUCUUCCUGCUACCACAUAUCACUACUUCUCAAUCCUCACCGUCGUCUGUAGAACAAUCGACCCAAUGUCUGAACACAAGUACAAGUUUGACGUCAAGAUGACCUGCGGCGGAUGCUCUGGCGCCGUGACCCGUGUACUGGAGAAGGCCAAGGGCGAGGGCAGCGUCAGCGAGUACAACGUCAAUCUCGAGAAGCAGGAGGUGCUCGUCUCUUCGACCUCCUCGUACGAGGAUAUCUUGGCCAGGAUCAAGAAGACUGGCAAGGAGGUCCGCUCAGGCGAGACCCUCGAGUAAGCGCUCGAUUGUAUGUACUUAUAAUGCAGAUUUUUGUAUAUCGCCUUUGUUGGUGUUCGUCGGAAACUAUCUAUCUAAUUGCUAGCAAUCACUGGGGACAGUGGCGGUCCAGAUCCGAGAGCUAUGUGGAGAGUAUAUCGGCAGGAUUUGAUGCUUCGAGGACUUGUUCACAAGGUCACUUGAAUACCAGUCUUCGGUGUUCGCCUUUUCUUGACGAGAGCGACGGACUGAUAGUUGUAAACCAUCAGAUCGUACACAUGGGUCUCCUUGAUGCGCGGUUCUUUGCUUGACACAGCCCGGACAGACUUGAGGAAGGAGCGAUAACUUGGCGACUGCACGAUCUUGGGAGUGUGCUCGUAGACGCGGACGUUGCCGAUGUCACCCAUGGAUACCUGAGCGUGGACUGUAUCUGGCGAGAAGAAUGACUCUGAGCUCAUGGAGAACGGAUCGAGUGUCUUGUAGCACUCCUCAAGCUCCUCCGAAAGGCGAGAUUCGGCUGGGCUGGCUGCAGAAGGUAAGGGAGACAGCGGAGAUUUGGCGUGUUUGGUUGUGGGUGUGCGGAUGAGGUUGGUGAUAGAAGCUAGUGGCGUGCGCGUAGAGCAGGGUGUCGAGGGCCGUCCCCCGGAGACGAGAUCUUCGGGCUGAAUGGGGCAGAGAAGGCGAGAAGAGACGCACUGGGAUUUUUGGUCAACUCCGGUGUGAACAAGGGAGAACCCUUGAAUCCACGCCGUUUGCCGAGUUCUCCGAUCGAGCAACGGCUUGAGGAGUCUUCUUCUGCGUCUGACUGCAGGUCAGUAGAGCAUGGAGAAGGCGCUCGUUGGUUCAGCGGGGGAUUGCAGUGCAUUGAAAGCGGGAUCGUUUGUCUGGGCGAUACUGUAAAAAGCGCCGUGGACUCUGUGGUCGGGGUUCCUGAGCACUGUCCAAGACAGGAGACCCUUCCAGAGCUCCCGAUUCAGCAUCUUGCUGCCAAUGGGAGGGGAAGAGUCCCUGUAUUUCCAUGUCUAUAUAACGGGCUAAGAAAAGCAAUGAAAUGAAGAGACACAUAUUCCACCGUCAGAGCCAGGGCGACUGGGGUAGAGGUUUGAGGUGUUCCUAGAUCAAGCGUAGAAAGUGGGAGUGCAGGUGGGCUGGAUGCAGAGGAAGGAGCAAUAGCGUGUACGACAUAGGCGAGCCACAUUCGAAGGCUCGAGCACGUCCGGGCAGAGUUCGGCGGCGACAUGGUGGCAGUGAGCAAGUGGGGUCGAUAAUCGAUAAGAGCUAAGAUCCAUGAUCAGCCUGAGGAUCCUCCAACCAUCAUCUGAUCGAAAUCCCUUAUUUUUUACUAUUUUCGGCGCACGGCUUUGCGGAGCUUCCGCGCUCUGCGCUCAUCCACUCAGAUCUCCUCGCGCCGCUCCGUCGCUAUGGCCUCGGAAGACAUCGUCGUCCCCGAUGGUUUCCGCCUGCACACCGAAAACACGUCACACAUCCUGCUCGAAGCCAACGAAGCAUUUCUGAAUCCGGUGCAAGAGUUCAAUCGCGACCUGAGCGUGGCUUUCAUCAGGGUCUGGAGUGAGGAGCUGCAUAGGGUGAAAAAAGAGAAAUGGUUGUUGGCUCAAGAAAGGAGGCAGACGAAAAGCCAUUCGAAGCAGAAUAAACGCCCGAAACUUGAAGAGGGAGCCGUCGCAGCGCCUGCUUCCGCUGUUGCAGAGACCGAAACAGAAACACCAUCUGUCGCUCUCUCGACUCCCCCUGAAUUCAGCCCGAAAAGGAUCACGAUACUCGAAGCACUAUCGGCGACGGGUCUCCGAUCCAUUCGCUAUGCUAAGGAGAUUCCCCAUGUCAGUCAUAUAUUAGCCAACGAUCUUUCUCCUGCCGCCACAGCAGCUAUGCGACGAAACAUUGAGAUCAAUGGACUAACGCCCAAGCCGGAUGUCGUGCCUCGGCCUGUCGAAAUCCGCGUCAACGAGGGUGAUGCGUGUGCGUUGAUGUACAACCACCGCGAGACAAGCCAGCGCGUAGACGUCGUGGAUCUCGACCCGUACGGAACGGCGGCGCCGUUUAUCGACGCUGCGGUGCAGUGCAUCCGAGACGACGGUCUUCUAUGUGUGACAUGUACAGAUCUAUCGGUGCUGGCCACGACCAACUUUCCCGAAAAGUGCUAUUCCAAUUACGGAGGAGUUCCUGUGAAAACCGAGUAUUGCCACGAGGCGGCACUCCGUCUGGUCCUGCAUUCUGUAUCCACAUCGGCUGCCCGAUAUGGAAGAGUGAUCGAGCCUUUGGCCUCUCUGUCUAUCGACUUUUAUGUGCGGCUGUUCAUCCGAAUCCGCACAUCGCCAAUUGAGGUGAAGAAAGCAAUCACGAAGACGUCGACCUAUCUGGUCUGCGCCGACUGCCAGUCGUUUUAUGGCACACCACUCGGCAAGGUCAUCGAAAAACUGGCGCCAACGGCAACAUCAAUCUUGUGUUCAAAUUACAGGCGGCGCCUGCGGUGACGGACAAAUGUCCCGAAUGCGAUGGGGCUUUGCACGUUGCUGGGCCGAUGUGGUCUGCUCCAAUACACGACACGGAAUUCGUUGGCAAGGUUCUGGAGCACGUCGAGGCCAAUCAGAGUCUGUAUGGCACGGCGUCCAGAAUGCAGGGGAUGCUCAGUCUCGCUAAAGAGGAACUACCCGACAAACCGUUUUACUUCACUCCUCCCAAGGUCUCGAAAUUCUUCCAUUGCGAGACGCCGUCUCUGAGCGAUGUGAUCUCUGCGUUGCUGCAUGGCGGUCACCAAGUCGCGCGGUCCCACGCCAGCGCUGGCUCCAUCAAGACCAGCGCCACUCGCGGAGAGCUGUUUGAUAUAUACCGCAGUUGGAUCAACACACAUCCCGUCCGCAGCGACAGGUUUGCGCCGGGUUCGCCCGCACUGAGGCUGCUUAACCGGGAAAUCCAAUCGGAGGCCAAUUUCGCGACCCACCCAGACGCCCACAAAUAUAUCUCCCGCCUGAAGUUUGUGCGGUACCCAGAGAAUCCGCCAAAUUGGGGACCCAAAGCUAAGGCGUCUUCCGCAAAAGAGAGCUCGUCGUCGUCAUCUGGGAAACGCAAACGAGGUGCAGACGAAUGAACCACUAUUCUACAGUUUAAUUCUGUCUUCUUCGUAGAGAGAGAGAGACCUGCGU